AUGAGGGUGUUGUGGAUGAUGAUGGUGUUGACGAUGAUCUGGUGGGUCUAUAAAAGUGAGACAAAUGUCCAACGGAGGACACACUCGGUCGUCCAGUAGACAUAGAACUUUCAGUUACUAGAACAAACUCCACUUCCAGAUCAAAAUGAACUGUUUGGCAUGUCUGGCUUUUCUUUUAGUGUUGGUUGCACCAUCAUUUCAACAAAGGGGUCGCGGAGAUGACGGACGUGGAAACCCAAGAGACCACACCUACUGCUACGGCAGAUGUAACGACGCCUACAAACGAGACUCCAGAGGUUACCAAGUAGCAGACUGCAACUGCAAUCAGUACAACUUCCCAGGCCAUCACAACUGUGGCUACAUCGACGCUUCCUGCAUCGCCAACAGUUACGACGCCACCUACAACGUGUACGCCUGGACAUAUGACCACAGGUCAAACUCCUGCAAGAAGGUCAGCGUCUUGAGUAGAUGUGUGGACAGCUACACACCCCAGAGAAACAUCUUCCAGAGCCAGCUAGCUUGUGCCAGAGCAUGUGAGCCUAAUACAGGCUACUGAGUGGUCACAUGACACCGGGACUGGUCACAUGACAUCUGGACCCAACUUACGAAAGCCAACUUUCAUAAUAACUUAUAAUAUUAUGUAAUGUCUUGUAUAAGCCUUUCUUUAAACACACUUAAGAACGGUGGUAAUGUAUAAAUAAUAAUAAUAACAACAUAGUUUUAACUUACUAUUAAUUUGUUUUAUUUAUGAAUAUAUAUUUUUUACAAUGAGUGUAUUAAACUUUUGAAUUAUCCAGAAA